AUGACAGUACUAAUUCCUACAGAGUGUGACUAUUAUGAUGCUCAUGGAAAUGGGGAAGAAGUACAAAAGUACAUGGACUUCAAACAAAGAUCAAGAACAGAUCCAAAUUUGAAACAGCAGUUUCCAUGGUCGUUUGAGGUAGUAGAUGGAUAUUUCAAACAAACAGAUCCUGAAGUUGAUGAUCAACUGUUUGAUUAUAUUGGUGAAGACUUUGGCAGAUUGAAACCAUGGGCUGAGAUCCUUGAUGCUCUUGAAGAAUUGAACAAAACAGCACCAAGCAAUGUCGCUUACAAACUUAUUUUCUGUGCCAGGCAUGGUCAAGGGUACCAUAAUGUAGUUUAUGAAAAAUACGGUCAUGUUGAAUGGGAAGCUAAAUGGGGAGCUCUUACAAGUGAUGGUGCCAUAGUUUAUGGUCCUGAUCCCGAGUUGACACCAAAGGGAAUUGAACAGGCAAAAAUAAAUCAUCGUGCAUGGAAGAAGCAACUCAUAUUAGGAGCACCUAUUCCAGAUGUGUUUUAUUGUUCACCAUUACAGCGUUCGUGUUUAACACUUCACCACACCUGGGACGAACUUCGACCAAGACACAAGAAACCAAUAAUUAAAGAGAUUCUCAGAGAAACCAUCGGUAUAGAUACAUGUGACCAACGGUCUUCUAAGCUGGUUAUUGAAGAACGAUUUGGAGAUCUUGGUUAUGUGGUUGAAGGUGGGUUCACCGAGAUGGAUACUUUGUGGUCGGCGCACUCCCGCGAGUCAUAUAGCGAACAAACGAUUCGGAUAGACCGUUUCUUUCAAGAUUUGUUUGAGCAAGAGUGGGAUCAUCAUAACGAUCAUAGCAAACGUCACAGUAUUGUAUCGACCACUUCCCAUGCAGGUACUAUUAGAUGUAUGCUAUUAACCGUUGGACAUCGACCCUUUGCCAUUUCAACUGGAGGUAUGAUACCUUUAAUGGUUAAAGCAACCAGAAACUGA